GCGUUGUAUGUUAACUUUUGUUGUCCUUGGCUUGACCAACUCAUUGUUUAGUGGGCACAAAGUAUUAUUGUUGUCCUCCCUGUGCUCCUCCAUCAUGUCUGCACUCCAGAUUAUUAGAGAGAAACUGUUAUCCGGACCUCAAAUUAUUGAGAGCAGUGCUUUAUCUCUUCAUGUGGUUGCUAAAAAAGGAUUUAUUUAUUGUACUUCCUUUCAUAAAGGAGCAUUUAUCUUAUUUGUUUUAUUUACACAAACAUUUUCUGAUGAAAAGAACUACAUUUAAAGUUGAGACAAAUGCACAUAAACCAUUUCCCCCCGUUAACAUUCAUUGGUUAGGCUGCAGACUUAUUACCGACCUUGAAGAUGAAUUGUGUUGAAGGUAAACUUGUAUUAAUCUUGUCCCUAAAAUGAAAUUAACUUGUGUUUUAGCCACAGAUAAUCCUUUUAAAAGUAGUUUCUGUAAUGCAGCCGAUUGUGUUUUAAGCGAGGCCAAAUAUAUUGUAAAGUUGGACCAGUGGAAAAAUAUGACUUGCAUUAACCAAAAGGUUUACAUGCUGUUUUAAGUAGUAUUACUAUAUGUUCAACAGCUGCUUCUUACUGAGGGGGGUGCAGGAUGGUCAGUACCAUUUUUGUACAAUAAAUACAAGUUAAGAUUACCAGGAUUAACACUUUGCAAUUUAAUAUUAGAAACGAUGCUUACUGAAACAUAGUUCAAAUGUAUGAAUCAUUUGAAUGCUGAAUGCAUUCAGUCAAUAUGUAGAGACUUGGAGGUUAAGCAAUUUAUCAGUUACGUUAUAAUUAUAAUAGGUAACAUUACUCACAAACUUGUUAUAGCAAAGUACAUAUUGCCAGUACGAAAGUAUUAAUUGUAAAAAGUCCUUCCAUAGGGUUUCGUAAAAGCUGUUUUCAACAACAGAAAUGCACCUCGGGAAAAAUGUCCCAUGAUCCCACAGUUUGUAGUUUUCAGAUUAGCUAGCUAUCACCAUGGAUGUAUAACAAUUGCUAGGGAAAAAAACAAAAAAUAGUAAAGAAAGUUCCAAGUUCUAACAGAGCUGAUCGUCUAAAGUACACUGCUCUGACUGCAUGACAAACGCCAGGAGGAGGGAGUGUCCGAUAACGAACGCACAGGCGAGAUGACCUCCUCCGCCCUCGGCCAGUCGCCACCCUUCAUUCCGAACCUGGAGCCUGGGAUGGGGAAGUCUGCAGCCAUGCUGGGCUUGUCUGCUGGGCUGGGGGGUGCAGAGAUGGAGCUGCAGAAGAUGCUUAUUGAUGAGAGGAUGAAGUGCGAAAACCACAGGACCAACUACAAAACACUGAAGGCUGAACACACCAGCCUGCAGGAGGAGCUGACCCGGGCGCAGGGAGAGCUGAGGCGCCUGCUGAGUGACAGACAGGCUCAGCAGGAGAAACUGCAGCUGCUGCUGGCCGAGCUCCGGGGAGACCUGCUGGACAGAACCAGGGAGCUGGAGGAGCUUCGGCUGCAGGUGAUGACCCCCCAGCGGCUGGAGUUGCUCAGAGCUCAGGUGCAGCAGGAGAUGGAGGCUCCAGUCAGAGAGAGGUUCAAUAAACUCGAGGAGGAAUCCGAGAAGUACAGGUCUGAGUACAACAAGCUGCGGUAUGACUUCACUUUUCUCAAGUCCCAGUUUGACCAUGAGAGGGAAGAACAUGCUCGUACUCUGGAGGAGAGGAGGAUCCGCUCUGAAGCAGAGGUGUCUCGUCUGGAGAAGGAGCGGGAGGAGCUGCUUGCUCAGUACCAGGGUUCAGACCCGCUGCGUGAUGGCAGACGAGUGGAGGCUCUGCUGAGGGAGAAGGCUCAGCUCCACCUGCGGCUCAAGGGCCUGGAGGCAGAGGGGGCGGAGCUCCGGGCCCAGAGAGAGAACUCAGGCCAGCAGGCGGAGAACGUCCAGCGCAUCCAGAUCAGACAGCUGACAGAGAGUCAGGCGGCGGUGAAGUCCAUGGAGGCGGAGCGUCAGUCUCUGCGUCUGCAGCUGGAGCGGAUGGAGAGCGAGCUUCACCUUACACAGGAGCAGAACAGCCAGCUGAGCGGGAGGCUGCACCGAGCGGAGAGGGAGGGGGCUAGUCUGAGCGGACAGAUUGAAAGCCUGAAGCAUUCCCAUAAACUGGAGGUGGACAGCACCAGGUUCGAGUGUGCCCGCUCUAAAGGGGAGCUGGAGAGGGAGAGAGACACACUGCUGGGGCAGGUUGAUGGUCUGCAGGCAGAUGUGGAGUUGAUGAAGGCUUCGGCAGAGAGACACAAAGACAUUCUGGUUGAGAAAGAGAGGGAGUUAGUGAGGAGGGUGCAGGCUGCCCGUGAGGAGGAGCUCCGGAAAACUGCCAUCGUGCACGAGGAAAAGCUGGAGGUGGAGAGCCGUCUUGCCGCUCUGGAGCAGCAGAGGGCGCUGCAGGCUGCUGCAGAGCACGGCCAGCAGGAGGAGUGGGAGCAGCGGCUCCGGAGCUCCCAACAGGCCGAGGAGUCUGUCCGCAGAGAGCUGCACUCCCUCAGAGGCAAGCUCCAGCAGCAGAGCGUCCAGCAGGAGGAACUGGAGAGGCAGAGAGCAGAGACGGCUGACCUGCAGCAGCAGAACCAGGAACUAGGUGUUCAGCUUGGCACGCUGUCUCACUCUGAGAGCGAGCUGCUGGAGGCAAACCAGCGCCUGAGAGAAACCCUGGAGCGCCUGAGGGAGGACGUGAGGGGGGCUCGGGCUCAGGCUGAGAGGAGCCAGCAGGAGGCAGAGAGGCUGGUGGAGGAGCGUCGGGUGGAGUGGUUGGAGGAGAGACACAAACUGCAGGAGGGAGACGCUGAGCUGCAGCACAAAUACUCUCAGGUGAAGGAGAAGCUGCAGAGGGCGGCGGCGGCACAGAAGAAGAGGCGAGCGCAGACGGAGCACAGAGACAAGAGGCUGCAGGAGAAGCUGCAGCUGAAGGAGGCCAGGAUUCAGGAGCUGGAGCUGGGCGCUGCUGCAGCCAACAAACGCUCCUCUUCCUCAGAGGAGCAGCCUCCGCUCAGCAGGCGGAUGAAGGAGCUGCAGCGUCGACACAACGAGUUUCGACGCCUCCUAUUGGGGGGCCAUGCUCCCUACAGCGCCGGCCACGCCUUCCUGACCUCCACGUCCACCCCCCUCCUCCCCGGGUCUGAGGGCCAGCAGGCCAACAUCCCAGAGGAGCAGCACCAGAGGGAGCUGGCUCUGCUGCGCCGCCGGCUGGAGGACCUGGAGAGCGCCCAGCAGCAGCAGCUGCAGGACCUGGGCUCUCUGAGGGACCCCCCCCAGCCUGACCUCUGACCCCAUUGGAACUGCAUUAGCAAGGACACCAGCAGUGUUUUUAUAUAAAUGGAAGCAUCAUUUAUUGGCGUAUUUAAACAAAGUAGAGGUGAGAAGAGAGGCCAGCGUUUACAUGUGUUUCUAUCAUUGUAAGGCCGCUGCACCUUCAUGUCAAAGUGAGCCUGGCAUCCUCAGGGCUGCAUUUUGUACUUAGAUGUUUGUUGUUUACACACAUUUGUUCUGAAGCUUUCUGUGAAAAAACAAAGUUUUUAUACAGCGAUUUAAAUAACAUGGCUCUACCAUCUGUGAAUUGCACAAUGUAUAUACACAGAGUAAAUGUCAUAUAUUGAAAUAAAUGAUUAGAAGAUA